AGAGCGUGGAGGGAGCGAGCGAGCGGCUGCAGGUCACGCUGGGAACUAACUGAAGGGAAUGGCCGCCGGCGCUUGCUGCCCACAGACGGAGGAGACCUAGCCGGGGACAUAGACAUCCUCGGAGUGUGGCCGGGAACUCCGGGACCCGGCGCCCCCAGUGCUGGGGCCUCUGCUGCUUUUCUCCAGCUGAAUGCUGCCUGUCCCCAGAAGCCUCUCACCAUGAUCGAUAGCUCCAAGAAGCAGCAACAGGGCUUCCCCGACAUUCUGACCGCUGGGGAUUUGGAACCUUUGAAAGAGAAGGAAUGCCUGGAGGGGAGCAACCAGAAAAGCCUCAAGGAAGUGCUCCAGCUGAGGCUGCAACAGAGGAGGACCAGAGAGCAACUAGUGGACCAGGGCAUCAUGCCACCUUUGAAGAGCCCAGCGGCGUUCCACGAGCAGAUAAAAAGCUUGGAAAGAGCCAGAACCGAAAACUUCUUGAAGCACAAGAUUCGGAGCCGGCCAGAUCGUUCCGAGCUUGUCAGGAUGCACAUUUUAGAAGAAACGUUUGCAGAACCAUCCCUGCAGGCCACCCAGAUGAAGCUGAAGAGAGCCCGGUUAGCUGACGACCUGAACGAAAAGAUUGCACAGAGGCCAGGGCCCAUGGAGCUGGUGGAGAAAAACAUCCUGCCCGUGGACUCCAGCGUCAAGGAAGCCAUCAUAGGCGUUGGGAAGGAGGACUACCCCCAAACUCAGGGAGACUUCUCAUUUGAUGAAGACAGCAGUGACGCUCUGUCUCCGGACCAGCCCGCCAGCCAGGAGUCCCAGGGGUCAGCCGUGUCCCCAAGUGAGCCAAAACUUAGUGACUCCACAUCUCCUGUGACUGUGAGCACUCCAGCCCAGUUUACUGCAGUAUCCCCAUCCGUUCCUGAAUUCUUGAAAACUCCUGCUGCAGACCAGCCGCCUGUCAGGUCCACAGCGCCCGUCCUCCCCAACAACACUGUGUCCUCCGCCAAACCUGGGCCCACACUGGUGAAGCAAAGCCAUCCCAAGAACCCAAACGACAAACACCGGAGCAAAAAGUGCAAAGACCCCAAGCCCCGGGUGAAGAAGCUCAAGUACCACCAGUACAUCCCGCCUGACCAGAAGGGCGAGAAGAGCGAGCCGCAGAUGGACUCCAACUACGCCCGCCUGCUGCAGCAGCAGCAGCUCUUCCUGCAGCUGCAGAUCCUGAGCCAGCAGCAGCAACGCUACAACUACCAGACCAUCCUGCCCGCGCCGCUCAAACCACUCGGCGACAAGAAUAACAGUGGCACAAAUUCAGUGCUGACCAACCUCGUGCCCAGCACUCCCAGGCAGACACCACCUGCUCCAGGGAGGAAACCAGGAACACUGCCCUCAAGCCUGGAUGACUUAAAGGUGUCCGAGUUGAAAACAGAGCUGAAGCUCAGGGGCCUACCCGUGUCGGGGAGCAAACCGGACCUCAUCGAGCGCCUGAAAUCCUACCAGGAAAUGAACAGCAGUGGUACAGCCACAGGCAUUGUGGCCGUGUCCACGUCAGCCCUUGUCACCAGUACCCCGGAGGUCACCAUGGCCCUGCCAGUGACAACACUACACAACUCGGUGACCAACACCAGCCCCACCUUCAAAGCAGAACUGCCCUCGGGGGGAACUGGCAGUGCUGCUCAUGUGGACACAGCCCCUUCCCCUCUGCCCAUCUCUCCUGCCCCCUCGGAACUGUCCAGCCUCAGUGCCGAGGAAGCCAACAUGAACGACACGCUGACGGAGAUCAUGAGCAUGAUGUCCCCUUCCCAGUUCCUGUGCUCGUCCCCUCUGAGAGUGGCCAGUAAUGAAGACAGCCUGAGCCCCCCGGGCAGCACCCUGUCAAGCCUGGAGCUGGAUGCGGCCGAGAAAGACCGCAAGCUGCAGGAGAAAGAGAAGCAAAUCGAGGAGCUCAAGAGGAAGCUGGAGCAGGAGCAGAAGCUGGUGGAGGUGCUGAAGAUGCAGCUCGAGGUGGAAAAGCGAGGGCAGCGUGCCCUGGAGGCGCCCCUGGGUGGCCCGGCGGGCCCUGGCACCAAGUUGGAGCAGAGACGCGGCGCUUCCCUCAUCAAGGACGAGGCGGCCCUCCCUGACUGCUCCAAGCAACCUGGCCUGCUGGUCACCCAGCCUGUGGGCCCGCCCCUUCCUGCUGGCAGUCAGGCCCUUGUGGCCAAGAAGGUCAUUAUCAAGCAGGAGGUGCCAGUGGCCGCCGAGCAGCAGAACGUUCUCCCCAAGUUCUUCGUGAGCCCUCAAGGGCAAGCACCACCUACCCUGGUGGCGCCACCUCAGGCUUUGCUGACCACACAGACGGCUCAGUUGCUCCUCCCCGUGUCCAUCCAGGGUCCUGGCGUGGCCUCUGUGCAGCUGCCUGGGGGCAGCCUCAAAUUGCAGACUCCGCCACAGGCUGGAAUCCAGCCACAGCCUCAGCUGGCCACUGCGGCCCUGUCCUCAGGCCUGACACAGCCUGUAUCUCAGAAACAGGACGCGUUCACCCCACAUGUGCUCACACAGCCCCCGCAAGUCCAAAAGGUUUUCACAAACUCGACCCCCAACUCAGCACUUCCCUAUCAGCGACCUCCCGCACCAGCCAGCCAGCAGCCAUUUGUCAGUACAACGUGUGCCAGUGGCCUUCCACCCAGGAGCACCGCACUGCCAGCCCUGCAGAACGGGCCCCAAACCCCCAAAAAGCCGAGCUCACCGCCGCCGCUGCCACCCCCACCACCCCAGCAGUUCGUCGUCCAGCACUCUCUGUUUGGGGGCCCAGUCCCCAAGACCAAGGACCCACCCCGCUAUGAGGAGGCCAUCAAGCAGACGCGCAGUGCCCAGGCAUCCGUUCCUGAGAUUCCCAAUGCUCACAGCCAGCAGAUGGAUGACCUUUUCGACAUCCUUAUCAAGAGUGGAGAGAUCUCCCUCCCCAUCAAGGAGGAGCCUGCUCCUAUCUCUAAGAUGAGGCCAGUGACCGCCAGCAUCACCACGAUGCCCGUCAACACAGUGGUGUCCCGGCCACCCCCCCAGGUCCAGAUGGCGCCACCCAUCUCCUUAGAGCAGAUGAGCAGUUUGUCUGCCAGCUUAGAGAACCAGCUUGAAGCGUUCCUGGACGGAGCACUCCCGCCGGCUGGCGAUGCUGCCCCGCUGUCGGGCAGUAGUGAGGACAGGGAGCCCUUCUCCCUCAUCGAGGACCUCCACAGCGAGCUGCUGGCACCUCCCGCCGCGCUCGACCACUCCCACGCCCCCAUGGAGACCACCGAGGCACAGUUCGCUGCCAGCACCCCCUGCCUGUCCCUGGACCUCCCCGACGCCAACCUGGACAACAUGGAGUGGCUGGACCUCGGCAUGCCUGGCUCAUCGACGGGCCUCACCCCACUCAGCGCCACCCCUGGCAUGUUCUCCACAGACUUUCUGGAUCCCCAGGAUCUGCCGCUGCCGUGGGACUAAGGCCAAAGAGUCUCGGGUGUGAGGCCCUGAGAAAGGCGACUCUGAGAGGUGGCUUUAGGGACAGGCCACAGCCACGGAUCAAAGCCAUGAGCAUGCCCAGAGCAGCAUGGGUCAGCUCUGGGAGCCCCCAUGGCCAGCAGCAGUGAGUCUGCAGCUCAGCGCAGCACCUGCCUGCUCUGACUCUGGGUCCAAACUCUUCUGUUCCCGCAGACUUUACACAAGAGCAAAAAGACCUGUGGAUAAGAGCAAGGAAGGGGGAAUAUGCACAGGCACGUCCGAGAUUCUCAGCGACCCUGAAUCCUCGGGGUACACAGCUUGGCCCAGAAACGGCACUGGCACUUUUCCAGUGGCCUGAGUGGCACCAGCCAGUCAGCACCGACUCCCAGCAGAUCCUUGUGGAUCCCUCAGAAACCUAUGUUUCUAUUUCUAUGUUGUUGUUUAUUUUGUGAUUUUUGGAAUCUUACUUUAGAUUUCCAAGUUGAAAGGAAAGCUCUUUCCCCGUAACAUACCAUCUAUGGUAGGAAGCCCAAGGGAUACUGAGGACACCAAGAUUUCUAUCCGCUGCCCUUGUCGGGGCUCUGGGCUGCCUCCUCAGUUGCAGGAGUUGGGGCCGAGUCCUUGUAAUAACUCUUAAUAGUUGGAGAAUACUUGAGCCACACGUCUCUCUCUCUAGAAAGACUUGCUGACUGACUUUCAGGUAACCAGGCCCAUCUCAAAGAACCAAGGAAAGGCUUGAGUGUUCAGGAGCUUUCGGGGCGAGGCUGCCCAACUCUCACCCCAUCCUCAAGCUGGAGAGCGAAAAACUGGAGGUUUUCUUAAUCAUUUUUCAUGUAGGAAAAGUUUAGCACAUACUCGUAGGGUAGUUUAAGAACUUUCUAAAAUGCCAACUAUCACAGAAUUUCCAAAAAUCUCUCUAGCCAGUCAUCUAAGUGUAGGAGAAAUGUGGAUGAGAAACCUGAGUUUCCCCUCUUGCCCCAGCUGGGGGCACCCCUUGGCACCUGUUCUCACCUUGACCUAUUCUUGGGGCAUCCUUGCUGGGAUUCUGUUUGUUCCCUAAUUGCUGAUUUGACUCAGUUACUUCUGCACGUCGGCUUGAUUGCACGUACUCGAGCUCCAUCUUCCUUCCCAUAGUUGCCCAUCACACUGGAGCCCUUGCUGAACUGGUGCUCCCCAACAGUCUAGGGGACCUGGGCCUGCAGGGACCUUGGCUGAUUUCUUGCUCCGAUACUAUUUGUGUUUAAUAUGAAUAGCUUUUGUCUACUCAAGUGACCCUAUUGAAGUUUCUCAUUUAAUGCCUGCAGCAUGGCCCUGCACAUAACUGACACCGUCUCCCAUCGGGGGACACAGCACGGUGGCCAUGAAUGUAGCCCCCAGCGAUUCACCAAUACCGACUUAGGCUCCCUCUGCUCAAGUCAGGACCAAGGUGGCCCCCACAGCUGAUAGGAUAGUCCCUUGCACUCUCUGCUCUAGAGCCCCAUCAACCAAAUUCACAAGUACCCCCACCCCUCCUCAGCAGAGUCCUGAGCACUGGAGCAGGGGCCGCAUUCUCCACGCAGACUGGAAGGGCAGGAGGUGGGCCCAGAGCUCUGAGUGCAGACAGCCCAGCUGCAUUUAGUUCAUCUUCCAAGUGAUUUCAGUCAAAACUGGAAAAGAAUUAAGAUAUACUCUCCU